AUGGCGGAGACCUACGAAAAAGAAAGAGCGAAAUACCUGCAGCAUCUGGAGCACGACAGCGGCACUGGCGCUACCAACGGAGCCGGGCACGCUUUUGAAACGACACCGCUGUUCUCGCUGGCGGUCCGACACGCUGGAGGCAAGGUGGAUGUCGAACAAGUUUCAGAGCUUGUCGAAAAGCGACUCCAUAUCAGCAACACUCCCAGUGAUUCGCGCCCAGCAGAACCUAGUGUGAGCAGUAGCAGCGGCGGUGAAAGCGAUUUGGAAAGCACUGAAGACAACAACCAUGGCAACCAGCCUGCCCAUCCGCACUCCAACAAGGACAUACUCUCACAGUACGGCCUCCUUGGCUUCCAUGUCGGCGAGCAUCCUGGAAUUACCCAGCAGGAACCCAUCCUACUCAACACCCGUGCACCCAAUUCGACCUUCCUGUGCGGCUCUCAAGGUAGCGGCAGAAGCUUCACUCUGGCUUGCAUCCUUGAGAACUACCUGUUCCCAGAUGAGAAGUUCGGCUCUGUCGCCAAUCCAGUCGCUGGUGUGGCCUUCCACUUUGACGAUGACGAUGCGCUCAGCGGGGCGGAAGUAGCGAGUUUGUGUGGUCGCGGUGUCGAAGUCAACGUCCUCGUGCCGUCGAGCAACUUCCACAAACUCAACGCAGCCUACCAAAAGAUCGCCAAACAGGUUGGAGGUCGCAUCAACGUCGACAGACUGUUGCUCAGGGAUGAGCACCUGAGCAUCAGCCGCAUGCACAAGCUGAUGGCCUUCAAUGAAUCCUCAGAUACAGGCGUCCCUCUUUACAUCGCUGUGAUCAAUAACACUCUCCAUCGCAUGGCUAUUGAAGGCAAGCCGUUCAAGUUUGCCGAUCUGGAGAGGAGGCUGGAUGCGGAGGACUUCAUGCCUGCACAGCGCAACCUGCUGAACCUGAGAUUCAAUCUGCUGAAGAGCUUCCUCUCAAGCAGCGCCCUACCAAAGCACAAGCCAAAGAGAGACAUCUUUCAGGUCUCUCCGGGCGCCCUGACGAUCGUGGAUCUGAGCGACCCAUUCAUCGACGCUUCCAUAGUGUGCACACUGUUCGACAUGUCUCUCAGCCUCUUCAAGCAGAACCGCCCAGAGGAUGGCUUGGUCAUCACGCUCGAUGAGGCACACAAGUACCUGAACAACUCCGCAGGAGCAGAGAAGUUCACGGAGCAUCUGAUCACGACCAUCCGCAUGCAACGCCACCACGCCACGCGAGUCGUCAUCGCCACCCAAGAGCCCACGAUCUCCGGCAGCUUGCUGGACCUCUGCUCCGUCUCCAUGGUCCAUCGCUUCACCUCUCCUGCUUGGUUUCAAGCCAUCAAAGACCAUCUCAGCGCGGCUUCAAGUCUUGCUGCUUCUGCGGCGGAGCAGCAGGCGAUGUUUGAUGGGAUUGUCAAUCUUGCUACUGGUGAGUCGUUCGUGUUCUCACCGACGUCGUUUGUCUGUGUGAAGGAUGGAAAGGAAGAGAAGCUGGGGACGGGAGUGAUGAAGGUUAAGACGAGGAAGAGGGAGGGCAGGGACCUAGGAAGGAGCAAGAUGGCUGGAGGGCAGCAGACGGCAACGCUGACAGGAAUAUGA